AUGGAAUUUCACAUAGUAGCACAUCGAUAUGCCUUCCUCUGGGCCUACCUCCUCGGGUACAUCAAUAUUUUCAUCAACAGUGCAUAUCCUUCCUGGACCAGAGUGGGCCUUGCCGUCAGCAUGGCGGCAACCUGGCUUUUCGCUGUCGUCCUAGUACGAAUUCCGUCUACCCGCAGAAUGUUCCUAGAGGAUUUAUCCGGCCUUUCCAUACUAUGCGAGGUCUUUUGGGUAUUGUGGACAUUCUUCUUAUUGCAAUGGUACGAUGGUGCGGCCGUGGAACUGGAGAUGGUGACAUGGACAGGUGUUCUAAAACGAUUGCCCAUAUUUUUGGGUUCUAUAUUGGCGUGGGCGUUGGAGUUCGUGGUCAUGUUGUGUUUCUGGGGGGAUCUGCAGUGGAAAGAUCCGAUAGCGACAUUUUGGUGGUUUAUCACCUGGGGCCCAACGUUUCGUGAUGUCGAGGAGGGCGACCCGGAGAAUGAUCUGCACUUGUUUGCAUAUUCCUCGCUGCUCCAUGAGGAUCCUGCACAAACACGUAGAUUACUGCUUCCGGGAAACACAGUGGAAUUUGACAUUUUUCAGUAAUUUUCUUGCAUUUCCCCGAAUGAAAAAUACACCCUGUUGUAUUUAAACAGAAUCUGAAAGACGGACUUUCGAGAUGCUUUACCUACUC